AAAAACAUGUAAAGCGGGCCGGGUUAACCUUACAGAACUCAACACUGAUUACUGUCAGACUUUCACAAUCCUUCAUCAGCUGAAUUAAGAUUAUAAUCAUUUCAUUUUAAAGCACAGCCACCACAAAAUCAGACUUUAGCACCUCUUUUAACUUUGAGAUUGUUCUGACAUUAAAUGCUGAUUUAAAAUUAUAAUAGAGUUUAUACUGUUUUUGAAAUCAAAUGUUUGCACAGUUAUGACAAGAAACACUGGCAUCUAACAAUGCUUUGGGAAAAAACAGUUAAUCUUAAAAAUAAAGCAUAUACACAAACAGGAAAUAAAACAGUUAUGGAAUAAACAUGUUGCUGUCUCAUAUUUGAGAGCAGACAGUGCAAUUUAUGAAAGAAAUCAAUUAAAUCUGUGUGUGUGUGUGAAAAUAUUCAGAUGUAACCCUCUUUGUAAUUGUUAACAUUUUCAAAAGUAGCUGUAAUUUAAUUACACAUUUUUUCUCAGUAACUGUAACAGAUUACAGCUAGAUUUAUUUUGUAAUUAAAUUGCGUAAUUCUGUUAACUAGUUGGCAGCAUGCAUCUGAAGAAUCAUCUGAAAUCAAACCCGUGAAUCUUUAAGGACGUUUGGGGUCUUUAUUUAAAAGGCAAGUGGCUUUUAUCAUACGUGACGCACAAAAGCAGUCAUAAGCAGCACAGGUAUAUUUGCAGCAAUAGCCAACAAUACAUUGUAUGGGUCAAAAUUAUUGAUUUUUCUUUUAUGCCAAAAAUCAUUAGGAUAUUAAGAUCAUGUCCCAUGAAGAUAUUUUGUAAAUUUCCUACCGUAAAUAUAUCACAACUUCAUUUUUGAUUAGUAAUAUGCAUUGCUAAGAACUUCAUUUGAACAACUUUAAAGGCGAUUUUCUCAAUAUUUAGAUUUUUUGCUCCCUCAGAUUCCAGAUUUUCAAAUAGUUGUAUCUCAGACAAAUAUUGUCCAACAAACCAUACAUCAAUGGAAAGAUUAUGUAUUCCAUUAUGUGGUCCAGGGUCACAUACAUGAGUGGGCAUUUUCCCAAACUCUCCUCGAGAACGACGGUCAGGUGAACGCGUCACGUCCAUCAGUCACCGGACUCCGCGGAUGAGGAUGAAGGCCGGCUGGACGGAACGAGAGGCGGAGGGAUCUGCGCUCACGCGCUCAGGCCAUCCGCUCUUCCGCCCAGUUUUCCGACGUGAUUCGCCUGCGCUGAAAAUGGAGUUCGCAUAAAGCAGAUCCACCAAACUUCUCAGGAAGAAUUCCCAUCGUUCGCCGCGUUCUUGUCACGCAUUCCGUCCCGAUCCAAGACUUUGGUUCGCCUCCGCUUUGAGGAAGCGUACAGCAGCCGGGUCUCCGUUUCAUCGCUGAAUUCCGUCGUGUGGGUUUUCCAAACUCGCUCUCGCUGGGAUUUGGGGAUUUUUGUCGGAUCAGGAUGAGGAAGGCGCCGAUGGUUUCCCCGCUGGAUGUGAUUUAUCGCUCGGAUGGAUGGAAGUGUUGCUUUCACUGCUUCCACACACCCUUCCCGUUCUGAAUCUGAAUCCAGUGUUUGGGCUUCUCGUGCAGACCGCUGCUUCUCAGGAACGAUAACGGCCUUUCGUGCUGCUCUCACCGAGAAAAUGGAGAUAUUUGCGCUUUAUUUCCCCGCCGUGAGUGCGAGCUCGAUCAUAUUUCCAGGAUUUGGAUCCCCGUGAGGAAAAAUGAGCGAAGAAUCAAAUCCAAACAGCGAUGAGAGUUUUGCGCGUGUGAGAGCGGUGGUCAUGACUCGUGAUGACUCCAGCGGCGGCUGGCUUCCUCUGGGCUCCGGCGGACUCAGCUGCGUCACCGUACACAAGGUCAGCCGGAACGAGGCCGACGGCUCCAGCGCAGCGGAGUUCCUCAUCCACGGAGAGCGGCUCAGAGACAAAACGGUGCUGCUGGACUGCGUCAUCAGGAGGGAUCUGGUGUACAAUAAGGUCAAUCCCAUCUUCCACCACUGGAGGAUCGGCAGCAUGAAGUUCGGCCUGACCUUCCAGAGCCCAGCGGACGCCCGAGCCUUCGACCGCGGGAUCCGGCGAGCCAUGGAGGACAUUAAACAAGGUGGUGCGCCGUACAGCGACACGGACGCUCCUGAAGAGCCUUCAUCACAGGAGACUGUGUCUGUCGGUACUCCGGUGAGGGAUGUCUUCUGUUCUCGUGGUGUCGUGUUUACCGAACCCUUCCACAGCUCUUAUGUUCGAGCUCAGCCCUUCGACGAGGCUCUUACUGCCAGCCAGCGGUUCCUGCCUCCACAGGUUUCCUCCAGCAGCAGGCGGCACGUGAGCUUUCACAUGGACGAGGAGGAGAUCGUUCGCAUCAAUCCGCGCAAGGACGUCCUCAUCCGAGGCUACGAGGACUACCGGCACCCGGUGCUGUGGAAGCAGGACCCGGAGCGCGAGGAGCCUGACGGCUCCAUCGCCUUCUCCAAGCCGGACACCAAGGACUCGGUCAAGACGCAGCAGCCGGCGGGCCGCAGACGACGCGAGGAUGGAGAGCGCUCGCGCUGCAUCUACUGCCGCGAGAUGUUCAACCACGAGGACAACCGGCGGGGUCAGUGCCCCGACGCGCCCGACCCCAUCAAGCAGUGCAUCUACCGGCUGAGCUGCAUGCUGUGCGCCGAGAGCAUGCUGUACCACUGCAUGUCUGACUCGGAGGGAGACUUCUCGGACCCGUGCUCCUGCGACGCCAGCGAGGAGCAGUUCUGUGUGCGCUGGCUGGCGCUGCUCGGGCUGUCUCUGCUGGCGCCCUGCAUGUGCUGCUACCCGCCGCUGCGCGCCUGUCACCGCUGCGGAGAGGCCUGCCGGUGCUGCGGGGGGAAGCAUAAGGCCGCGGGCUGAGCCGGACCGGACGGCGCUGCUUUCACUGGCCCGAGAUGGGCGGAGCGUCGCUCGUGGAGCACAGGUAGAGGAGCUCCUAACGCCAGGAGGAGCGUCCAGAAACACACGCCGAGGCGCACGUCCGAAACCACACGUCGCGUGUAACUGUGUGAAGAAAUAAUAAUACUAUCGUGUCUUGUACAGAGCUCUAACACCGUGUCCUAACUACACGCCACGAGACGAGCAAUGUAGCUAUCCACGCCAGACCCCUCAGAAUCAAUCAAAUUUACGGAAAUUUGUAAUUGACGGAAUUUUAGCAGUGAUGGAAAAAUCUGAGGGGUGUCAAACUCAAUUCCUGGAGGGUCGCAGCCCUGCAGAGUUUAGUUCCAACCCUGCUCCAACAUGCAUACCAUGUAGCUUUCAAAUAAGCUUUAAUGACUUGAUUAGCUGGAUCAGGUGUGUAUAAUUAGGGUUGCACCUAAACUGUGCAGGGCUGUGGCCCUCCAGGAACUGAGUUUGACACCCCUGGAUUACACUGAGGGUGAUCUAUUGUAAUGUAUAACUGUAAUUCCCACCCCUGUCCAGCUGGUGGCAAGUGCGCUCCAGUGAGGCAGCAGAGCGUGGGAUCAUCAGCUCCAGAACAAAAAUAAAACUGUCACCAGUGUUUUGCCUUGCCUUUGAUUACGCAAAGGCGAGAUCCACUAGUAAAGCAAAAGAGAUGAUCAGUGCGCUGCCGCUUCGCUUGAUCUGAGGUGUCUACAGUGAUCUAUCGCACCACAUUAAAGAGCACCAAAACGGUAUUUAUUGCUUCAAUUUCCUAAUAAAAUGGACAGAAUUUGAAAUCUAAGACUUCGUUUCAAAUCAAAAGUAACAACGCACAAAGCUUAGUCUGUUGCGAUUUAUUGGAUUGCAGGCGGGACUAUAUGUACUGUACGGUUCAUUCAUCAACUGAAAACAGCAUCGAUUGGGAUUUAAGAAUUGAUAUCGGUUCAUAAAAAUGAGAAUCUAUUAAAAUGAGAAAUAGAGAUUUUUUUCCAACCCUAGCAUAUUUUGUUGUUUUUAGUGGCCUUCGCUGUUAUGGUGUGUUGUUGAACAUGAAAAGUGACGCAAGAUCUCUGUUCAUCUGUUCUCUUCAUACAUAAAUAAAUACAUAAGCUUAUAUGUUCAUCCUGUAGGUUCAUUAUUAAAAAUUUAAAUGUGAACAAAAAUACAAGCAAUUAAAUGUGUAAAUGAACAUUGAAAUGACGGGUAAUAAUAGAUUGACAGAAUUUUUAUGACCCUGUCCGUCAAAAUUAUGCAACCUCUGGGCUAGGGUCACACAAAAUGAUAUUCAAAUUUUGAAUGAAGCCACAUGAUCACCUGAGAUUAUCUACUGUCAUAUAGUACUGUAUGUUGUUGUUCCAGCCGCGACGUCGCAGAAAUACAAACCGUUUCUAAAAUAGAAAUUUCGCGUGUUGUGGCUAGUUAGGACACAAACUCUGAUUAACAUGGAAAAGAUGCCUUUUAUCGCAUGUGGUGUGUAAUGAGGACACGGUGUAACACACGUACGCUAAAGGGAUUUCUGCUUUUUCGUGCAGUUAUUAACCGUGGCCUUUUCUUUUUGACGCUAUCAGUACUAGACGGAGAAAUGCACUAAGGUACAGACUCUUGUGCUCUUGUUUUGCUCCUGCAUCGUGAUCGGGACGCAGGUUUCCUGAAGCGCUGAUGUUUUCAAUCCAGCGGGCACUUAUUAUAAUCCCACAAGCGCUUCGUCUACAGAAGCUCCUUCUGAUCCAGACUUUGACCCUGAGGGACGUUCGACACGGAGGACAAUAUAAGUGUUCAUUUUAAAUGCAUGUUUAUGUUGAUGCCGAAUCUUGUUUUGACUAAUAAUCAGAUGUUUUGUGCAAAGAUGAUCUGUCAGUGUUGUGGGAAAGAACGACGGUUUACUUUCUAUGCAAGUAUUUCCACGAGACGCUCUUGGACCUCCGGCUGUACAUACCAACACUAUCCCGCAGUGACGGUACGUAUCGUGGUUUGACUUCACAGCAUUGUGUACAUAGGUCACAUCUUAAUAUUGUUUCACAUUGAAAAGUAGUGGAGACGACGGAAAAGACGUCCGAGGUUUUAAUCGAGAUUCUCUCUAGUUUUGUAUCGCCGAACGACGGACAGUAAAUAGUGCGCCGAACAAACGUUUUGAAGCUCGUCUUAUGAAGCUGCUAGAAACAAUCACUAACCGCAUCGCAAGAUUUAAUCGGAUGACUGUUAAUCGCGAUCUAGUUCUCCAGUAUGGUUUAACCCUCGCCGCGCUUUUGUGUUGCUGCUUCUGGUGAAUCGCUGGCGUCUGUGGGGAACCGGCUGGAGGCGAAUCGGAUUUCUGCGGUUCACACAGGCCUCGCGGAUUAUGCAACGCUUUCGCGUGUAACGUUGCGUUGAUGUGACUACCAGUUUAAUCAUGUGCUGCUAUUGUUUUAUUUUUGGUUUUAUUCGUGUUCUUCUCUCUUCGUGGAAGUAUAACUCUGGAAUGCUUCUCAUAGUGUUGGCUCUUCUCGCGGUUAUGAAUUGCGUCGUGUAGUCGUGUGCUGGUGUUCUUGGUUCUGCAGUAUAGCAGUGGUUUUCUGAGCCUGUGAACUCGUUUAGUUUUAGUGCCAUCGGCUUCGUUCUCCUCCAUCUGAAGAAGUGCCUCACAUCCGCCGUAGACUCGCCCGUAACGCUCACGCUCCGCUUCUAUCGCUUUAUAUCUAUGUAUAGGUAUUUCUAUCAUGGUUUGAAAAUACUAAAUAUAUGAUGUAAUAUUUAUAGUUCAGUAACUCAUGUCAUAGAUGUAUUUUCUGUAUACAGAUGUAGCUUCUUACUUUCAUAAAUAUACAAUGUAAAUAUGCAUACAGAUGUUUGUAACUGUUUUUAUGUUACACCAUACAUUUAUUACAUCAGUUAACAUUACCAUGAAAAUAAAAUGAGAAUUUAAAUUA